GGGGACAAGUUCCGCUGGUACAAAAUUAUGGUUCCCCAAUUAUUGAAGAAUAUGAGUCUGAUGAGGAUGAUGAGAUUGAAGCUGACCAGCCUAUGAACGAAAGCCGACCAUACACUCCGGAAGGCCACCAUGAGUCGGCUGCCUCUGCAUUUGGUUCUUACGGUGGUGAAGGAUCGGCAAAUAUAGUGCGCACACCGAUAUCAGUUGAAGACUUUCCUAAGCAAAAAGUUUUGAACGAGGUUAAAAAGAUAUUAGAAGGAUCUUAUACUGGCCCAUGGAUUUGUUAUGGAGAUGUGCCUAAGCCUAUUCGUGAACAAUGGUUUAGGGAAUUUAAGCGGAACCACACAUAUCCUCCGGCUGAAGAAUCUGAAAUCCAGCGAGCUUUUAACUCUAGAUGUUCAGUGUGGCUGACGGGUGUCUUUAAUGAAGCCCGUGAUAAGAACAAAACGGUUAAAUGGAUAUCGCCGGUACAUUGGCGGGACAUGCUAGGGCAAUGGGCGUCUCUAAAGUUUAAGAAGAAGUCAGAAACAAAUAAAAAAAAUAGCUCUUCGGCUGGUUGUAGAAGCUCUCCAUAUUGCGGGGGGUCUGUUUCACAAAAAGUGAGAGCGGAACGAUUAGCUCAAAAAUUGGGGAGGACGCCCUUUGCUACUGAGAUUGUCAAAGAUGGGUUCCAAAAAAAAGAAACUAAAGAAUGGAGUGGUCCCCGAGCUCAAGAGAUUGCGGAAAAAGUUGCGGCAGAGAUAGAUCGUCAAACUCAAGACUCUGAAGGGGGCAAAGUGGAUGAAAAUGCUAUUUUUUUUGAAGUUGUAUCUCCCAAAAAAGGAAAAAUAUUUGGGGUGGAUCCUUUUACUGUGGCAGCUUUGCGCAAUGGUUCAUUUCCUCCCACUUCAUCUCAACAGACGCAAUAUGUGAAAGCUGCGGAUUUCGAAGCUUUUAAAACGACGGUGCUGGAUAAAAUGGACCAGAUACUGGCGACGCGGGGCAUAGGUCCUACUAAUGGGUCUACCACUCAUUCGGCUCCAAAUAUUACACAAGGUUUCAUGUCUGACCUUCACUCAUCUAUGUUUCCUACGGUUCCAUCAAGGAUGACACACAAUCUGCACUCACAACCCGUUCCUUAUUAUCCAACAAUGUACACGAAUGGUUACGUGUCGGGACAACAACCUGUGUCGCUUCAACCAUCUAUGCCUUCUCAAGUGCCAUGUCAAUUCAUUCCUCUACAAAAUCGUAAUAGCACUUCUCUAGAUGACACUUUCCUCAACAAUUUCCUUGCUGGAAAUGAGGGAGGCAAUCAAGGUGGUGGAGAAUGAAGAAGUAUUUGCG